AUGAGUGUAUCAAAAGUCAAAAAGGUAAACUUCUUUAGGGGUCACCCAAGCAACAGUCUAUUAGGACCGUCGUCUCAUUAUGUUCUUAAAGCGAGUGAGAACGUAUUAAGUCCAGCUCAUAGACCAGGUGACGAUGACGAUGAAGAUAGACAUCCGUUAACAUAUGGAAGUGACCCAGGAUCUCUCACAGUGAGAAAGCAGAUUGCCAAGUGGACAUAUCCAGAUCUAUCAGCUGAUAAAGAGCAGAUAUAUGCUGAUAGUAUAAACUUGACAAAUGGUGCGAGUUUUGGCGCAGGUGGUGCUCUCUUGCAAUGUACUUCUGCUCACUCAGGCUUCACCAAACAAGCAUUUAUCGUGUCUCCUACAUAUUUCUUAAUUAAUUCAGUAUUUUUGGAUGCUGGAUUUGCCGACAAAUUCUCCCCAAUUGAGCAAAGAGCUGAUGGAAGUAUCGACUUGGUGGCCUUGGAGAAACUUCUGGUCCAUUUCGAUAAAGAGCCAGAGGUUUCAUAUGAAGAUGCGGCCAAGUAUAUUCAAGAUGAUUCAAGACCCCGUAGGAAACUUUACAAGUAUGUAAUGUAUCUUGUACCUACAUUCUCAAAUCCUCGAGGAACUGUCAUACCACUAUCAGACAGAUUGAAAUUGCUUGAACUUGCUAGAGCUCACGAUAUGUUGCUAUUAUGCGAUGAUGUAUAUGAUUGGUUGUAUUACAAGGCGGAUUCGAUUAACGAUUUACCGCCGAGAUUAGUGACUUUGGAUCGAGAAAGUACAACCGAUAGCUCCUCUUAUGGCAAUACAAUUUCAAAUUGUACAUUUUCUAAACUUGUAGGACCAGGUUUACGAGUUGGUUGGCAGGAGACAGUAUCUCCACGAUUGGCACAACAGCUGUGCCAAGGAGGGGCUGUUCGUUCCGGAGGAACACCUGCUCACCUUAAUACGAUGUUAGUGGGAUCCUUACUUUCUCUAGGAUAUAUGGAGUCUAUUCUGAAAGACUUACGUUCAGUUUUUGGGGAUCGUUCUAAGCACAUGAGACAAGACUUCGAAAAGUAUCUUCCCCAAGGAACCCAGAUUGAGGGAGGAGAAGGAGGUUAUUUCUUUUGGGUAACCUUACCAGAAGAGUAUAAUGGACGAGCCAUUGCUGAGCAAUGCUUAAAGAAAAAUGUUGUUCUCGCGGAAGCGCACAAUUUUCAAGUCGCUCAUGGUCCAACUCCAAGGGUGCCUAUUAACGAUAAUAGCUUUAGAAUAUGCUUCGCCUACCAUACAGUUGAAGAAUCGCAACAGGGUAUUCAGGUAUGGGGAGAGGUGUGUGAAGAAAACAAGAAUAAAUAA